AUGGUGCUGGGUAUAGUCCAGUCAGAUAAAGGCACCAGCAGUAGUCUUGGAGUCAGAGGAAGCCACCAACAGAUUAACGAGAUCCAAGCUGAUUCGGGAAUGGGACGUUUUAAUAUCGGAUUGUUCGCAUUCGGCGUGAUCUUCACCGUCAGCUUCGUGCUGGAGGGGCUAGCCGUGGAGCCCGUGGGUCACGACGUCCUUGACCUACUCCAUGGCCUUAACACGACGUCCGCCGACUCCCUGUCUGGCCUUCGCUUCACCACCGGACCAAACAACAGCACCCCAGCCCUGUUACUCGAAGAUUCAGAUCGGCGCAUAGCUCUGUCAAGGGCGUUAACCCAGCGGGCUCUCCGCCUCCUCCAGGACCCCACCGAGGUGACGUUCCUGAGCUCGGUCCGGCAGGAAGUGGGCAACACAGGCACCCUCUUGGCUUUCGCUUCAGACACCAACAGGUUCCUGGAGAUAGAGAGCAAUGGCCACCGGAACGAGCUCCGAUUCCACUACACACACAACUCCCAGGUUCAACUGGAAACAUUCCCCUACAGACUGGCCGACGGCAAGUGGCACAAGCUGGCCGUCUCGCUGGCCGGAGAUCAAAUCUCGGUCUUCGUCGACUGCAACAGGAUAUACCAGCGUGUGAUUCCUACCUCUGACCGCACGGCGAGUGGGCCCUUGACCUUGUAUAUUGGUCAGCGUAACGGUCAACUGGCUUUAUUCAGGGGGGCGCUGCAAGAUGUGAAGAUAGUGACACAAUCACACGGGUACUUGUUGCAGUGUUCUCCACAAGAUACAGAGUGUGCGACAUGUGGCAAGUUCCAGGAUCUGGAACAACGGGUCAAGGAGAUGUCGCUGAUGUACACAGAGCUUAAGCAGAAGCUGAUGAAAGCCGAAGAGCGGUUGUCUGGCCUGGAACAGUGCGAAUGUUUAAAAUAUUGUCACGUCAACGGCACACAGAGGCAGGACGGUGAGACGUGGAAGAAAGAUACCUGCAACAGGUGUAUGUGUAAGAAUGGUACAGUAGAGUGUGUCCACGAGGAAUGUCCAAAACUUGACUGCACAAAUCCAAUUACUGUUGACGGAGAGUGCUGUCCUGUUUGCCCAACAACCUGUUUGUACAGCGGCAAGUACUACAAUGACGGCGAGACAGUGAGUCCGAGUUUUUGUGUCACUUGCACAUGCGUGAAUGGAGGUAUGCAGUGUAAGAAACAGGAUGUAUCCAAGGAAUGUCCUGUUUUGAAUUGUCCAAAAUACAAAAUUGUCCAGGUUCAUACGGAGUGCUGUCCUAUAUGUAAUGACACAGAUCACUGCGCGGGCGGACACACGUGUCACGCCAACGCCAGGUGUGUCAGCAUGCUCAAGAACUACGAGUGUGAGUGCCGACCUGGCUUCGAGGGCGACGGUCGCAACUGUGAAGAUAUUAACGAAUGCAAGGCGAACGGCGGCCGCGCCGGCCACCACUGUCACGCCGGCAGCACCGUGUGCGUCAACACCCCCGGCUCCUACCGCUGCGAGUGUCUCCCGGGCUACACGCGGGUGGACCAGAACGAGUGCAAAGAGUCCGAGUCAUGCAAGCACGGGUCAGUCACGUGUCACCACGACGCGGAGUGUCUGGACUUCAACGGCAACUACGCAUGCGCGUGCAAAGACGGAUAUGCCGGAGACGGCUACACCUGUAGACCUAAAUGCAGUGGUGAGUGCAGAAAUGGCGGGAAGUGUGUGGCCCCGAAUGUUUGCGAGUGUCGCCAUGGUUACAUAGGACCCAACUGUGAACUAGAUAUCGACGAGUGCACACUGGGAAUCUCCAAGUGCCACGUGAACUCCGUGUGUAUCAACAUGCCAGGCUGGUACCAUUGUGACUGUGUUGAGGGCUACCACUCCAGCUGGCCAGAUAACCACUAUGGGAGUCUGUGCUUAGACGUAAACGAAUGUCAAGGUGAAGGUGAAGGCCACACGUGCCACAACACGACACAGUGUGUCAACACGGACGGUGGAUACACUUGUCAAUGUACUGCAAGAGGAAACUGCAAGAAAAGCUGUGUUUUUGAAGGCAGUGAAUAUAACGACCGAAGUACAUGGAAAUCAGUGAGGGAUAUUUGCAAACAAUGCAGAUGUAAUUCUGGUCGCACUAGUUGCCAACAGAUGCAGUGUGACUGUACCGACCCUAACGUGAACCUGCAAUGCUGUCCCAGCUGUAACAACAACAGCAGCUGUCCACACCAGGAGUUAAGGGUCCUGAAGCAGAGUGGCGACUCCUGGCUGUUCAACUGUCAGCGCUGCCAAUGCUUGAAUGGAGAAGUGACCUGCUGGCCUUUGGUCUGCCCCAAACAGUCGUGUGAGAACCCCAUCAGACAAGCUGGGGACUGCUGUCCAGUCUGUGCUGACCAUAACCCUUGCGCUGUAUGGAACAUGGAAACUGGCGGCCAGGACCUCUCUCAGCUGACAUGCAUGUACCUGGGUACAAAGUACUCUCAUGGUGAGCAGUGGAGUCUGAAGGAGGACACCUGCACAACAUGUCUAUGCAAGGUAUGA